AUGACUAUGAAUAACUCUAUAAUGAAUGGAGCAAGUAAACGCUAUUCUGUCGGAAUCGGAUCACCGAACGUUUGGGAAGUGUCCUAUCUGAAUGUUGCGAUGCCCGGUGCCAUCGCUGCUGAUCUCCCUGGACAGGCUCGCACGCUCAUCUCCCUGCUCCACACUCAUUCCGAGUCCGUCAACUUCAAUGAAGACUGGAAACUGCUGAAUAUUUUCAUUGGUGGAAACGAUAUGUGCUCAUUCUGUAAAGAUCAUUCACUGGAACCAGCCGAGUGUGUUCAACACAUAGAAGAAACAGUGAAGAUCAUCUACGACAAUGUGCCGAGAGUGAUUGUCUCUAUCACUGCAAUGCUUCAACUCGAAAUCCUGCGACAGUCUGACAAAGGCAGACUCUUCUGUGAAGGACUCCAUAAGGAAGAAUGCCCAUGUGAAAGUGACGUGAAAGACUUCAACAAUACCUAUUUGGCCAAC